ACUCACAAACCAGGGACAGACAGACAGAGAGCUCGGUACUAACAACAGGCAACACAGGACCUGGGACACCAAUCUCGCCUUUGCAAGCUCACCAGGAUGGGUUGUUUCGAGUGCUGUAUCAAAUGCCUUGGAGGAGUUCCGUAUGCAUCGCUAUUGGCAACGAUUCUGUGUUUCUCUGGCGUGUCGCUGUUCUGCGGCUGUGGCCAUGUGGCUCUAACCAAGGUGGAAAAGAUUGUGUCCCUAUACUUCUCUCUCAACUCUGGUGACCAUGCCUUGCUGACUGAUGUAAUCCAGAUGAUGCAGUACGUCAUCUAUGGAAUUGCUUCAUUCUUCUUCCUCUAUGGCAUAAUCCUUCUGGCAGAAGGGUUUUACACUACAAGCGCUGUUAAGGAAAUUCAUGGCGAGUUCAAGACCACUGUGUGUGGACGCUGCAUCAGUGGAAUGUUUGUCUUUCUGACCUAUGUUUUGGGAGUAGCGUGGCUGGGAGUUUUUGGUUUUUCUGCUAUUCCGGUCUUUAUUUACUAUAACAUGCGCUCCACCUGUCAGACCAUCGACAAUCCACCGGCGAAUCUGACAGAAGUGAUUGAAGAGAUCUGUGUGGACGUCCGACAGUAUGGUAUUAUUCCCUGGAAUGCCUCACCUGGAAAAGCCUGUGGCUCAACCUUGACCACCAUCUGCCACACAUCUGAGUUUGAUUUGUCCUAUCAUCUGUUUAUCGUAGCUUGUGCUGGAGCUGGUGCUACUGUCAUUGCACUGCUCAUCUACAUGAUGGCUACCACAUAUAACUUUGCUGUUUUGAAGUUUAAGAGUCGAGAAGACUGCUGCACAAAAUUCUAAGUUGCUAUAGAAGCAGUAUACAGAGCUCUACGAGCCGCACUGAGUAGCUUGAACUACCACUGGCAUCAUGGACUAAAACAGAACUUAUUAAUCUGCAUUUUACAAAAGAAUAAUUUGUAAAUAGCACAAGAAAGCAUCAUAUAGCAUCAACACUUACAGCACUCAUUUUAGUGUCUUAUUUGAAUUAACAUGACUGCCAUAGGGAUGUACGGUCUGGCUAUUUUUGUUUCCUAAUAUGGGAUCACUAUUUCAUGCCGAUUGCAUUGUAUUAACUUGGAAUGUGACCUGCUGAGCAUAGAAGUAAGUCUAUUGAUUAAAAAAAGACUUUAUAUAUUUGAUUGGUUGGUCCUAAAUUAUUCAUUUGCUUACACACAUGCCAUUGCAAAUGAAUGCAUGUUUCAGUAUGACCAGAUAGACUCAACACAGAACAAUGCAUCAAUGGUUUCAUGUGAAAACAGUUUCACUACUAAUGAUGAUAAAAUAAAAACAAGUCCAAAAUUGAUUUCCUAUGUGUUAAAUGCAAGAGAAAUUUAUUGGAACAAAUCUUGUUAUAUCAAAGCUUUCCCACAAUCUGCUUUAGCUCUAUUUCAUCUUUUUAAAAAAACUCUUUCUGAUCCACAUAAUCUAGAAUUGCCAAAUUGUUAGGUUUGUCUGAACUGUAAACCAAUUGGUGUAUUUGCCACAAGGUGACUAACUGAACUACACUGUAAACAGUUUGGAAGCUUUGAAAAUUCAGGUGGCUAGUAUAUUUUAACCAAAUUAAGUUGGCUGAUCAGAUUAAAGAAUUACAACCAAUAAAAUGCCAAAUCAGAUAUCCUUCUCCUGCUAUAUUUGUCUUCAUCAAGAAUGCUUAGUUCAAUAAAAGCACUAGGUCACUCAAUGAAUUGGGUCUCUACAAAUACAAAUCAAUAAACUGUUGUUAAAAGACAAACAUUUUUGUAAAUUUUAUUUCAGGUUUACCAAUGCAAUACACUUGCCAUUAUUUUUAAAAAUCAUGUUGAAAAAUAGUGGGUCCAAUUAAAUGCUGCUGGUAUUGGAAACAAAGUAGAUUUGUGGGAAUAGUUUAUCUAUUAUGUUCCAUUGUCAUGAACAGUUAAGGGCACAUUUAGGAGCUUUGAACAUGCAUGAUUUGUAAAAGCAAAUUUCUAUUUAAGAAGUAUGCAUUGAUAGAUACUUUGCACUCAGUUAAGUUUCCUAAUUUUCUCAUUUUGCUGGAAUAUUUUCUUCAAAACGUUCUCAUGGACAUAUAUAACACUAACCCACACUGAUUACUGACUUCAAAAAUACAGGGAGAUGAACUUUAUCUUCUGUAAUAGAACAAUUUAACACAAGUUUUAAAAGGGAAAUAAUGCAGUGAGACAAUCAAACUGCUUUUAAGACACCCUUGUGCAUCAAAAAUAAUCUGACUAAAUUUGUUAAAUGACCAAUUGAAUACAACCAGACCAGUCUUGGUCCUUAGAAAUUGACUUCUUAAAUAGCCAGAUCUUGCACCUGACCCAUGGCAUAUGUUUUGUUUAUUGGAGUACAAGAGAUGGUGAGAAAUAGGUUGCUUGGUGUAAGAAGUGACGGAAUAUAGGUUGUCUCCCAUUCCCCAUUCCCAUGUGUUGCUGGGAAUGCACCAGUUUGAGGCUUAGUAUGAGUGAGUGACUGCCCUAAAUACUAACAUUUUUUCUCUACAGUUACAGCAUUGACAACCAAGGGUUAGUAAAUUGUUUCUAUGUUAAUUAAGUGUAACACUUGCCUUUGCCAGAUAUUUUUAAAAAAUCUUCAAAUGUGCCAUUAUAAUAUUUGUUAACCUCAAAACUGCAUGCUUUACGCUUGUUUUUAGUCACCUUUUGUUACAAAAAUUCCCACAUUUCGGCAUUAUUUAAUUUUCUUAAUGCAGUAUUUUGAAAUUGUAUGUAUA